GACAUCAACUCACCCGCAGUUUCUCUCAUCGACAUCCAGGACUCCAAACCAGAGUCCAGCUCAUCUCUCUCAGGUCUCAUCAUGUCCAUCGACCCAGCGGCCGAGCUGCCUUUCUUCUACGGCAGCAUCAGUCGCUCAGAUGCUGAGCAGCACCUGAAGCUGGCUGGAAUGGCUGACGGGCUCUUCUUGCUGCGGCAGUGUCUCCGCAGUCUGGGAGGCUACGUCCUGUCUAUUGUGUGGAACCUGGAGUUUCACCAUUACACCAUAGAGAAGCAGCUCAACGGGACGUACUGCAUCACAGGAGGGAAGCCUCACUGUGGGCCUGCAGAGCUCUGUGAGUUUUACAGCAAAGACCCUGAUGGGCUGGUAUGCACCCUGAAGAAACCCUGUCUGCGCCCCCCAGACACUCCGAUACGAGCCGGCCUGUUCGACAGCCUCAGAGAUAACAUGCUGAGGGAGUACGUGAAGCAGACCUGGAACCUGGAGGGAGAAGCGAUGGAGCAGGCCAUCAUCAGUCAAGCUCCUCAGCUGGAGAAACUGAUCGCCACGACGGCUCACGAGAAGAUGCCCUGGUAUCACGGUAAAAUCACCCGAAUGGAAGGUGAGAGGCGACUUUACUCUGGAGCACAACCGGACGGCAAGUUUCUAGUGAGAGACAGAGAGGAGACGGGUACUUUUGCACUCUCUAUGAUAUACGGGAAAACCGUGUACCACUACCAGAUCCUCCAAGACAAAUCGGGGAAAUACUCCAUGCCAGAGGGAGCAAAGUUUGACACAAUCUGGCAGUUGGUUGAGUGCCUGAAGAUGAAAAAUGACGGCCUGGUGACUACUCUCAGGGAGGCGUGUGUUAACGGAAAAGUUGCUGAAAAGACGCCCAAUCUUCCUACAACAAGGCGUCCCGGACAAAAUGGAUACACACCGCCACCUCGAGUUAUUGGAGCAGCCAUUAAGGCAGCCUCCGCUGUGCCUGCAGACCGUGAUGUUCUGCCGAUGGACUGCCCUGAAUUCAACCCGUACCACAACCCCAAUGAAGUGAGGAAGUUUAACAUCCAGAGGAACCAGCUGCUGAUCGAUGAAGUGGAGCUCGGCUCUGGGAACUUUGGCUGCGUCAAGAAAGGAGUCCUUAAGACUGAUUCGGGCCAGAAGGAUGUGGCCAUCAAAGUGCUGAAGAGUGACAACGAGAAGCUGGUGAAGGAGGAGAUGAUGAGGGAGGCAGAGAUCAUGCACCAGCUGAGCAACCCCUUCAUCGUCCGCAUGCUGGGACUGUGCAACGCUGAGCAUCUGAUGCUGGUCAUGGAGAUGGCCUCGGCCGGACCUCUCAACAAGUUCCUCUCCACCCAUAAGGAUACUGUAGGUGUGGAGACCAUCGUCAACCUGAUGCACCAGGUGUCGGUGGGAAUGAAGUAUCUGGAGGAGAAGAACUUUGUGCACAGAGACUUAGCAGCUCGUAACGUCCUGCUGGUCAACCAACAGUUUGCCAAAAUCAGUGACUUUGGGCUCUCCAAGGCCCUCGGGGCAGAUGACAAUUAUUACAAGGCUCGUACUGCAGGUAAAUGGCCUCUGAAGUGGUACGCUCCAGAAUGUAUAAAUUACCACAAAUUCUCCAGUAAAAGUGACGUGUGGAGUUACGGUGUUACCAUGUGGGAGGCCUUUUCCUAUGGAGGGAAACCUUACAAGAAAAUGAAAGGACCUGAGGUGAUGCGUUUCAUUGAGACUGGGAGCCGCAUGGAUUGUCCGGCAGUUUGUCCAGAGCGAAUGUAUGCAGUGAUGAAAGAAUGCUGGACAUAUGAGCAUGAGCAGCGUCCUGACUUCAAGAAGGUUGAGGAGUCCAUGAGGUCUUACCACUGCUCCAUAUCGAACAAGGCCAAGCCUGAGGGAGCUGCAGCCACCGCCGCUGAGCCUAUCAAGUAGACAGAAACAAGGCACAUUCUGUCCCAGCGCUGCACAAAGCAUCCUUUCAACUGGCCAUUAAACAACCGAAACAAAGAGCUUUUUAUGAACGGUGCACACUGACCAGCUUCGACUACAGUACCGAUACAGCUAAACAGGCCUCAGUGACAAUAAAAGUGCAUUUGUAAAUUGGACUUCAGUGUGUCGGCCAUGUGAGGAGGGUCUCUGUCUGUCUCUGUCUGCUGUGAUUUGAAUGUUAAAUGUUGACGUCUUUGCAUUGAUGAACAAACUAAUUUUAUAUUCUGGUAUUUUGGAGUAUAAUGGGCGUAUGUAUGUACACAAGUUUUAUGUGCCAUCACAGGAGUGUAUUGUUUUUUAAAUGGCAAAUAAACUAUAAGUAGGAAGAAACUGA